GAAAACGAUUAGCGUUCUUGCACUUUGCAGCAAGCAAAUACCUCACUGCAGAAUUCAAGCGCGUGCUGUGAAGUAGAUCUCGUAGAAUACUAGUAGACGGCGGUGUUAUCUGAUAACGAAGGGAUAUGGGGCUCGAAUGCAAAUCGCAGGGUAGGCUCAUGGCCCCAGUCCAGUGAUUUGCACCUGUGCAGGCUGUGCCGUAACCGAAUUAAUAAGUUGUGUUGUGGCAGCACAAGUAGAAGAACCAUAAUAAUAAUUAUUAUCAUGAGCGACGAAGCCACCGAAACCACCCGCCUGGUCCAGUCAAGUCGGAGUCGAGCGCAGGAGGCCAGCGGGGACGAAACUAGAAAGCAGUCGCUGACACGCUGUCAGCGACUGCAUCCGUCCUACUUCGUUAUCGCAAUCGCUGCAGUUGAGCGACUGGGCCAGAAUGGCAUCUUGACCAACCUCGUGUUGUUCAUGCAGAACCACAGGCUGCUGGACUGGAGCACGUCCACGGUGAACAUCGUGGUGCUGUUGGUGAGGAACGUCACCCUGCUUCUGGCUGCUGUUUCUGGUGCUGUUACUGACAGUCAACUGAGUCGCUAUGCCAUGCUAUACGUAGGUGUGGUGUUACAGUUGCUGGGCUGCUCAAUGAUGACGGCUGCAGCAUUCUUGGAGCACCACGACGAGUAUGAUCCGGAUGGGAAUGUGCCGACGUUGAGCCCACUCAGCUCAUCACAAGACCACCUUCUACGCUCCUUGAUUCUUGGUGGCCUUGGCUUGCUGUCGAUUGGGCGUGCAGCUGCGCUAGGCGCGGAGGUUCCCCUCGGUGUGGACCAGUACUGGAGGCGCAGGGAGUCAACGGAAAAGGCCAGCCAGUUCUUCCCACUGUACUAUUUCUGGAUCAACGUGUCGUCGACUGUUGUCAUCGGGGCGCUGUCCUAUGUGCAGCUCAACUACGGCUUCAGAGUCGGCCUUGCACCAUCUACCGGUGCCUAUCUCCUGUGUCUGCUUGGCAUUCAUGCUCUGCGUUCGCGCCUGUACUCCACAGAGAACCUUGGGCAUGGAGGGGGCCUCAAAAACGUAAUCUCUGCAUACAAAGCCGCGUGGCUUGCGUGGAGAGAGGAGCGGAAGAGACCUCAGUCUGGUGCCGGAGCAAGACGCAGACGGGGCAGUAAUGUCAACAUGACUGCCACCGACCAGUGGAUCAAACCAACGCCGUGGCUCUGCUAUGCCGACCUGUCGGAGAAGUUCCGUGAAGAGGGUGGGAGUGUCACAGAUGCACGGAAUUUCACCAGCCUAGUGUUGGUGCUGCUGCCAAUCCUAUUGUACAACGUGAUGAUGUCACAGAUUGCCACUACAUUUGUUUCUCAAGGUGAUGCAAUGUCGAUUUCCCUGCAAACAAGCCGCAACGAUGCACAGCGUAACGUCUCGGGAAAUACCACAGGUGACGGCAUGCCGCCGUUUAUCCCGUCGACACUAAUCGCCGCCGUCAGUGGAAUUGCGAUUAUUGUGGCAAUUCCUCUUCUGUACGGAGUCGUGUACCCACGCCUGGACAGUGCGAGAAGAUUCUGGCGUCUGACACUCUUCCGUCGGAUGGGCAUCGGCAUGUUUGUGGCUGUCCUGAGCGUACUGUGUGCGGCCGUUGUGGAGGUGGAACGACGGCAGGACGACCGCUGGAACGCAACCUCACGCUAUGAUCCCGCACUCCUGUCCACACACACCGCCUCGAGCCUCUCUAUAUUCUGGCAGGUGCCGCAGUACAUACUCAGUGGUAUUGCUGAGGUCAUGGUGUACCUCUCAGCGCUUGAGUUUGCGUAUUGCAAGUCGCCGUCGUCCAUGAAGGGACUGUCCAUUGGUCUGGUGUACGCCAUGUCGGGACUCUCUGGCCUGCUGAGCGCUCUCAUUCUAUACCUGCUCUCGUCCAAUGAUAGUCGAGACUUCUAUGGCUCAGGGUCACCAGGGCGCAUGCACCUGUACUAUGCUGCCCUGGGUGGACUAAUUCUCCUGGGAAUCUUCUUCUUUGGCAUAGCAACGAAACGGUAUAAGUUCGUGCAGCGUCGGGGCGGCGGUGGUGCUGGUGCUGCUGGCGGUGCUGGAACACCACGUGACCAGGCUGGAAGCGGCCGUUACAUCCCAAUCUAGAGCUCUCCUCCUGCUCAUAUUCAGCAUAGCCUGGGAAUCAAUGUGGCAAUCACGGUGUGAAAAGGUCAUCAUCGUCUUGCCUGGAUCUCAUUGUUGAGCUCGACCUUAUGACUAUUUGGAUGUGCUAUACAGUUUUUUUAGAACACGGAGGCUCCACUGCAGCCAAUUCAUAAUUAUUAUGAUUAAUUUUGCAGCGUCAACGACCUUUGUGUAGUGGCGGUGACUGAUCAUUAUGCUAUACAGUUCCUGGGUUACUGUAAGACCACUACCGGUAUUUACAUUGAACAGUUACUGUUACUCGUAUGGUGAGCCAAUUUAGUUAUGGAAAAUGGAGAAGGGCAAAACAUGUUACGAGUUAUGGCUAUCAGUACGCCUUGCCAGUUUUGUGCCAUUUUGUCGCACUCGCUGACUAUAGGAUCUGGUUACGUUGGUGGACAGUUAGUCAUACCUCGUAUCAUUUUUUGCUAUUUAACUUGAUGAUUAGCGACGCUUUUAUAUUUAUUUUUUAAAUUUAAC